AUGUUGGUCACAAAGCUAGCUUCAACAACAGUUACCCUUUUCUACUGUGUAACCAUUGGGGCUUGUUCAAAACUGCUGAAAGGUGGCACAAUUAUCUCCUUCGACAACCAGGCGGAGGCGGGAGAAUUGAAAGUAAUUCGUGAUGAAUCUAUCCUUAUUAAUGGCGACAGCAUUACUUCGAUCUUUUCGACUGCUUCGCCUGAGGGAAUUUCUCCCGAUACUGAGGUUAUUGACUGCACAAACAAAAUUAUUACCCCUGGCUUUAUCGAUACUCAUCGUCAUGGAUGGCAGACGGUAUUCAAGACUCUCGGCUCUAAUACAACUUUGGCAGAGUAUGCUUUCAGGUACGGUACCAGUGUUGCCGAGCCAUUGUUUACUCCAGAAGAUAUCUAUAUCAGCCAGCUUACGGGCAUUUAUGAAGCCUUGGCUGCUGGAGUUACGACAAUACUUGACCAUGCACAUCAUACUUGGACGGCUAAAUAUUCGGAAGCAGGCCUGAAUGCCUCGAUCGAUAGUGGGACUAGGGUAUUUUUCGCUUACACUUUCCAGAACUCCCCCGCGACUUUGGAGUUCCCGAGCAAAUCGCUCAGUGGCGGGAAUUGGAAUCAAAAAUAUCAAGCAAUCUCACUGAGCUUGCUAUAGCUUAUGAUGAUUGGACGGGAAAUCCACAUGGAGCGGAUACUUUGUCCGUGAUAGACCUUGUACUGUAUGUAUAAAUGCUUGAGCUUUAGUUAGAAUACACUAAACAGAUUCGCUAGUAACGGCAAUGCAUCGUCACUAACCGCCCAUAGCGUUGAAGGCGCUUGGUCUUGUAAGCAAUGAGUAUUUCAUGAUAUCGAAAUAGCUCUGAUACAGAUUCUUGGUUGGAAAUCCUCCCGAAGAUCUUUAUAAGGCCGGAGUUCUUAACAUGAGUCUACCGGUUGUUCUAUCACAUACUUCAUAUCUGACCCCAAGAGGAGCCAGCCUCUUACGUAGCACCAACCAACACAUUUCCAUUACGCCCGACAGUGAGAUGCACUAUGGUCAUCUCCACCCAACAUCUCAUCUUAUUAUGGAUCAAGCAUCACUUGGAGUUGAUACCCACUUUACAUUCUCGACGGAUAUACUUACCCAAGCACGACUCUGGCUUCAAUCCACAAGAGCGGUUGUAUUCAAAGAGACUCUGGAUCGAUGGGAAGUGCCAGGCAAGGGUCCAUUCUCUGUUAAUCAGGCAUUUCUUCUUGCAACACGAAACGGAGGUCUUGCUCUCGGCCGCCGUGAUCUAGGUGUGAUUUCAGAAAACGCGAAAGCUGACCGUGUGGUCUGGGACGGUAGAUCUCCAGCGCUUCUAGGUUGGUCGGAUCCUGUGGCUGCUGUAAUCCUUCAUGCAAGUGUUGGCGAUAUUGUUCAUGUCUUGGUUAAUGGCGAGUACAGGAAGCGAGAUGGGAGUCUCGCUAUUGAAGGAUAUGCCGGGAUCCAAGAUCGUUUUUUGGAGAGCGCAGGACGGAUACAAGCUGCUCUCAAAGCCAUUCCUAGACCACCACAAGAUGGAGAUUUACUUCCUGGGCGCCAUUACGGGUAUGUACCACAGCUAGACGUGCAACAAGGUGGGGGAACAGGUUACGGUCCAAGCUUCGUGUAA